AUGGGUUGUUGCUAAAGUAAUCCUAAUGGUAUCUAAGUUUUAACACUUCUUAGACAUGAACUCAGCAAGUGAAAUGGGCAAGGAGUUAACUGAUAUUCAUUUAGCUGAAUAUGAACCAAACAUUAUCAGUUUAGAAAAGAAAAUCAAAACUCCUGACUAAAUCAUUAGAGCCGAGCCAGAGAAAGUCUCAAUGAAAGAAUCUAGUUACCAUAAAGAUACAAAAAGUGAAAAAUAAGAGGAGGAGUCAAAAAAAAUAACUGAGUAACCAAGUGAUAUCAAAUGGAGCAUUAAACAAAGUAUGUUUGUCAAAAUCAAUUCUCAUAAAAAUGUUGGCGAAUACUAUGCAAUCAAGGAGUUAAUAGGAUAAGGUGGAUUUGGAAAGGUUUACAAAGUGACACAUCGAUAAACUGGUUACAUUUUAUACUCAUAACAGGCAUGGUUAGAGCCAUGAAGUAGAUACUAAAGUAGCGCAUGAAGAAAGAAGACUGGCAAAAAUUACUUUAAGAAACCCAAAUCUUAAUGGAUAUUGACCAUCCUAAUAUUGUAAAGCUAUAUGAAAUGUACCAAGACGAUCAUUCAUAUUAUCUUAUAAGCGAAUAUUGUGAGGGUUAUACAUUAUUAUAUAAUAAGGUGGAGAAUUAUUUGAAAAAAUUAAAAUAGCCUAAUUUCUAACUGAGAAAGAAAUUGCUUCUUAUAUAAAAUAAAUUCUUUCUGCAGUCUCUUAUUGUCAUUCAAUGAAUAUUGUACAUAGAGAUCUAAAACCUGAAAAUAUAGUUUUCGAUGCUAAACAUUAGGGUGCCAAUCUUAAAAUUAUUGACUUUGGAGCUAGUGUUAAGAUUGAAAACUCUGAAAAACUUAAUAAAAAAAUUGGAACUGUAUUCAUUUAUAUUAAUUUAAUAGCCUUUUUAUGUUGCUCCAGAAGUUUUAUAUGGAUCAUAUGAUGAAAAAUGUGAUAUUUGGUCUAUUGGGGUAAUCUUAUAUGUUCUUUUAUGUGGAUAUCCACCAUUCUUUGCACAAAAUGAAGCUCAAGUUCUUGCAAAAGUAAAAAAAGGAACAUAUUAAUUUGAUUCUUAAGAUUGGGCUAAAGUUUCAUUACAAGCUAAAGAUUUAAUUAGGAGGAUGCUCUUUUUUAAUCCAUCUCAAAGAAUAAGUGCAAAUGAUGCUCUACAACAUUAAUGGAUUACUAAUAAUAAGUCAAAAGGUUAACUAAAUAAUUAAAGUUUGAAAAAGCUUCAAGAUUUCGACUCAAAAAAUAAAUUAAAAUAUGCAAUACUCUAAUUUAUUACAGUAUAAGUGAUUACAAGUUAAGAAAAGGAUGAAUUAAUGAAAAACUUUUAAGAAAUAGAUAAAAAUGGAGAUGGAACAGUAAGUAAAGAGGAAUUAUUAAAUGGUAUUAAUUUUCAUUAUUUAGCUUAUAUUAAAUUAUAUAAAGGUGAUUAGCUUGCUGCAUAAUAGAUCGUAAAUGACUUAUUUCCUCAUUUAGAUGCUAAUGGGUCUGGCAAAGUUGAUUUUAGUGAAUUUAUUACUGCCUCAAUAAAUAAGGAUAGAUCAUUAAGCAAAAAGAAAAUUGAAUAAUCUUUUAAAUUAUUUGACUUAGUAAAAAUAGAAUAAUAAAAAUAGGAUGGGAAUGGAUUAAUUACAAAAACAGAAAUAAAUUAAUUAUUUGGAGAUGAAAUAGAUGACAAUAUGUGGAAGGAAAUACUAAAGGAAUGUGAUGCAAAUGAAGAUGGGAUGGUAAUAUGAUAAAUAAUAUAUCAUAGAUAUCCUUAAGUGAAUUUAUAAAUUUAUUGGAGAGCAAAUUUAAAGGAAAACUUUGA